AUGGCCGAUAAAAAAGAAUUUUUUAUUCUAUCUUGGUUCCUUUGUCUGGUUAGCGCUCAAGAUCUUGUUAAAAGUUUUACGUACGGUGGAUUUUUCUACAAGUGCGCAAAUGAAUCAGUCGAUGUCUUCUUCGACCAGAAAAUAAAUACUGAGGUUAAUAUGUACACUUCUUUCGCGGAAAAUGAGCGGUAUGAAGAUAAAAAUACAGAGUGCUCUAAAUAUUUUCCAAUGCGAAAACCACCCGGACAAUUGAGAGCUGAGUUCAAAUUUGAUACAUGCUCAAAAGGAAAUCACGAUUUUGCGCUGUUUGUUAAUGAAAUCGCUACUGGAUUUAUUUUACAUCGAUUUAAUAUCAGCUGUUAG